AUGCUGGCUCACCAGCUGACCGGGGAACCGAAGUAUUCAGAUGAAGUGUCACUGGGCUGGGAAAAUGACUGCGUGAGGACUGGACCUCUUAUUGACUGGAACCCAGAGCCGCCCUCCUAUAACUGGUCACAGCCUAUGAUUCAAAUUUCGUGUCGGCUUACGCACGGUUCUCUGGCCCUGUCUGAUUUCCGGACUUGGAGCAAUGGCACUGACGGACAGCCCAUCGUACUGAAGAUCCUCUGUGUUAACAAACUGAACACUUCCCUUAGCUUUCCUUGGCCGUUUAAGGCACCUCGUCUUAUAUACCUGCAAAUUGUUAACUGCAGAAUCCCUGAUUUUUAUUCAGAAUAUACCACGGAUUUUAAUGAUUUACGACUGGAUUUUAGGGUUCUGAUCUUAAAGAAAGUAGACACCACCUUAACAAUGACCCAGUUAUACGAAAGGACUCAAAAUGUUUUGAACAUUUCAAAAGAUGUCGCUUGUUCCUCGGAAAAGGUGGAGAAAGUUGUGUUGGAAAAGGUAACUCCGACUUUCAUUCCCGACGAUCCGAAACUGGUGUCAAGGGCAGAAGAAAUAUUGAUAGAUUGGAUCAGAAAAAGAAAACUUAUUCCAUACAGAUGUCAGUACAAAUAUCUGCAAUAUUUCGAUGAAAGCAAAAAUGACAGGUACAGUCGCCCGCCUUUGCAUCUCGCCAGCCAGCAGUUAACUUCCGCUUUCCCCCGGCUUCUGCUAUACAACCUCUCGCAUGCAGACUACAAUGUCUUACCCAAAGGACUUGAACGCUGGCGAUACGGGUACCCAAGUUUGCGAUAUCUGGAUCUGAGAUGGAAUAAUAUCUCAGAUUUUGUCUUUAUAGAUUACGGAAGGAUUGCUGACGGUGUUGGUGAAAUAGACCUGAGAUAUAAUAAUAUCUCACGGCUUACCGCGGAGAACGUUCAAACACUAGCUGAUCUCAAAACUGCCGUGAUAAACUUGAGGAACAACCCCCUGUCGUGUGAUUGCUUUACCAACGAGCACCUGUUCAAGUUACUGAGGGACAAUCCACGGUUGGCAGGGAUGGGGCUGGGGAAAUAUGAGUAUAUCAGGAACAUAACCUGUGCCUACCCGGAUCGUUUGGUCGGCGUGCCAUUCGGUGUCGUGACCGCAGAAGACAUACUGUGUGAGGAAACUGCCCUACCGGUAUAUGUGACAUUCAUCAUCAUCGCGUCUUCUCUCACCUUCCUCUUAUUCUUCCUCGUCUUUGCCUCUGUCUUCGUCUUCAGAUAUCGCAAAGAAAUGGUCAUUUUACUGUACACUCGCUGCGGUAUUGUGUUCAGCAAACUUGUAGGAGAGAAGAAACCCUUCGAUGCCUUCAUAUCGUACAGCAGUAUGGACGAUAACUGGGUGUUGAACACCCUUGUCAGGCGACUGGAGAACAAAGAGAAAGGUCCCGCCUUCAAACUUUGUGUUCACCAUCGGGAUUUUGAGGUCGGGGAAUCCAUCGCUGAUAAUGUCGUUAAGUCCGUGGAGUCAAGCCGUCACACCGUUCUCGUGUUAUCUCGGAAUUUCACGAAGAGCGAAUGGUGCAUUUACGAGUUUCGCACGGCCAUGCAUCAAAGCUUGAUCGAGAGACGUCGCCACAUGGUGAUCAUUCUGCUUGAAGACGUACCCAAAGAGGAACUGGAACCAGAUCUGAGGAAGUGUCUGGAAACCGUCACCUAUAUCACAGUCGGAGACAGAUUUUUCUGGGACAAGAUAAUCUAUAGUUUGUCCGGUGGAGUACGGCAGGGCGACGUGAAAGCAUCGAACAAAGCGUCCGUGUUUGCUGGAUAUGAAAUAUAGACUGCAACCAUCAACUGAUUGCAAAUCAAGUGCACUUAAAAUUUAUAUUUUCUUGCUUUUCACAACGACAUUAAAAUUCGGGUGUCAACCGAAUUAAAAUUAAUUAGAAAUUAGAAUUAAAAGUGUCAACGAUACCGGUAGCCGAGCUAUUAUAGUGGCAUCUCAAACUAAGGUUAUAUUCAGGUUCA